CCGAGCGCCUGCGCUCCUUUCCACGUGCGAAAGCUCCGGACUCGUGGAGUCCGGGAAACAGCAGACUCCUCAGGCAGCGUUAACUCAGCGCUCACCAUGAAGCCAGGUUUCAGUCCCCGUGGAGGUGGCUUUGGCGGCCGAGGGGGCUUUGGUGACCGCGGAGGUCGUGGUGGUCGUGGUGGAGGCCGAGGGGGCUUUGGUGGCGGCCGGGGUCGAGGCGGUGGAGGCUUUAGAGGCCGUGGUGGCCGAGGAGGAGGUGGCGGCGGCGGAGGAGGACGGGGUGGGGGCUUCCAAGGUGGCAGCCGCGGUCGUGGCCGGGGAGGAAAAAGAGGAAACCAAUCGGGAAAGAAUGUGAUGGUGGAACCUCACCGACACGAAGGUGUCUUCAUUUGUCGUGGAAAGGAAGAUGCACUUGUUACCAAGAAUCUAGUCCCUGGAGAGUCUGUUUAUGGAGAGAAGAGAGUCUCCAUUUCGGAGGGAGAUGACAAAAUUGAGUACCGAGCCUGGAACCCCUUCCGCUCCAAACUUGCUGCAGCAAUCCUUGGUGGCGUGGACCAGAUCCACAUCAAGCCUGGGGCCAAGGUGCUCUACCUCGGGGCGGCCUCUGGUACCACAGUCUCCCAUGUCUCUGACAUCGUAGGCCUGGAUGGCCUGGUCUACGCAGUUGAGUUCUCCCACCGCUCUGGCCGUGAUCUUAUCAACUUGGCCAAGAAGAGGACCAACAUUAUUCCCGUGAUUGAGGAUGCUCGACACCCGCACAAAUACCGCAUGCUUAUCGCAAUGGUGGACGUCAUCUUUGCUGACGUGGCCCAGCCAGAUCAAACCCGUAUCGUGGCCUUGAAUGCCCACACCUUCCUACGUAAUGGAGGACACUUUGUGAUUUCCAUUAAGGCCAACUGCAUUGACUCCACAGCCUCAGCUGAGGCCGUGUUUGCCUCUGAAGUGAAGAAGAUGCAGCAGGAGAACAUGAAGCCUCAGGAACAGCUGACCCUAGAGCCAUACGAGAGAGACCAUGCUGUGGUCGUGGGUGUGUACAGGCCACCUCCCAAGGUGAAGAACUGAAGCUCAGUGCUGUCUGGAUUCCCAGAGAUGUGUGUUGCUACUGUUGCACGUGUGAUUUUUCUAUUAAAAGACUCAUCCCUUGCUCUGUUUA